UUUGUGUUCGGCGCUCGUCCGGUGCUGUCUGGCUGUCUCUAUUAGUGGCCAGGGCCGUCGGGUGUUGUUUUUCAGGCAGCGAUGCUCCUGUGUGCGAGGCUUCGGGCCGGUGUGACACGAUCGGUCAGACGAUAUCUGCACAAUACUGCAAGAUGCACUGGAGGGGGAGGAGCUUCUUUUGUGCACAGAGAUACCCCUGAGAACAACCCAGAUACACCCUUUGACUUCACUCCAGAAAAUUACAAGAGAAUAGAAGCUAUAGUUGGCAACUACCCAGAAGGUCACAAAGCCGCAGCUGUAAUUCCAGUGCUGGAUUUGGCACAAAGACAACAUGGAUGGCUGCCUAUCUCUGCUAUGAACAAGGUAGCUGAUGUCUUGCAGAUGCCUGCCAUGCGAGUGUAUGAAGUGGCCACAUUCUAUACUAUGUAUAACAGGAAACCAGUAGGAAAGUACCAUAUUCAAAUUUGUACGACGACACCUUGCAUGCUCAGAGAUUCUGAUUCAAUAUUGGAAGCCAUCCAGAAGAAGCUUGGAAUACAUGCGGGAGAGACUACUUCUGAUAAACUGUUCACACUGACAGAAGUUGAGUGUCUUGGAGCCUGUGUAAAUGCCCCAAUGGUCCAGAUUAAUGACAACUACUAUGAGGAUCUUUUGCCAAAGGAUAUUGAAAAUAUAAUUGAUGACUUGAAAGCUGGGAAAAUUCCCUCUCCUGGACCCAGGAAUGGCCGUUUUUCAUGUGAACCUGCUGGAGGACUAACCUCUCUGACUGGACCUCCAACAGGACCUGGCUUUGGUGUGCGUGCAGACCUCUGAAAUCACAGUGUAAUAUACUUAAUAUAACUGCAAAGCUAAACCCCUAUACACGUAAAUAAAACUGUUUUGUUCCAAUA